CGGUAGUCGUACAACAUUAAUAUCGGCGAAUAAAGAGGUAUUGAACCAUUUCCAACAGUUUGCAAUUUGAUACUAAGUUCGAGCUCAACUUAAGAUCGCUUCAUCAUGUCUCACCCUGAACCAUCUCAGCCAGUUCACUUAACCAAGGCUUCCUCCAUCAAACAAUCCGGAGGCCAGACGGAGGGAAUGAUAAGAUCCAACGCGAUAGUCGAUAAAUGCGAUGGCAUAUGUGCUACUCAUAUGCUUGCGAAGCCACAUACUGCCUCGGCUGUUCACCAUCAUGGCGAACAAGACACCGUAGUCUACGCCGUUAAAGGACGAGGCACCGUCGUAAGUGAAGGGGGGACAAAAAGGGUAGACUUGGAACCAGGCGACUACGCACUUAUUCCCGCAUUCAUGGAACACCAAGAAGUCAACGACGGAGAUGAAGAUGUGAUAUGGACAAUAGUAAGGAGCGGGAGAAAUCCCGAAGUUGUCAAUCUCACCGGUUGGAACGGAGAGCCUACCAAGGGCUAGGACUGGGAACCUUUUGCGCCUCCUCUAGGGACGAAUAUGAAGCAUGCGUCUAGCAGCGACACUCAGCACUCGGCAACACCUCAAUGCUUCUUUCUAUAUUGAUCCUGUAUAUAUGCGAAUGGUAUAUGGUACGCAGAAACAAACCACACCAUCAUCUCUUCGGUCUCAUCUCAAUAUCUAGAAUACCCUCAAUCUCUAC